GGGGAUGGGGGGGGUCAAAAACCCUUUUCCACUUGGAUUUUUUGGGGGGGGCCCCACACCCCCCCCUCGGGCCCCCCCCCGGCAAAUUUGGGAGCCCACGGUCUCCCGUGGGAUAUUCCCGGCUCUUAUCUCGCCUCAUCCCUGGAAUUCGAUCGCUCGGAGCCCCCCCAGGCGCGGGGGGGCAACGACCGGGCGGUCCCGGAGCACUCGUGACCCCCCCGGGUGAUCAUUAACCCGCGGGGGGCCCGGGGGACCCUCCCGUGGGCGCGAUGGGGCCGAGGGAGCGCAGGAUGUGGUUUCUGGGCCUCCCCUGGGCACUGGCCCUGCUGGUCAGCGCAGGGUCCCCCGGCCCCUCGGCGGCCCCCCUGGACCCCGCGUCCAUCUUCUCCGACCUGUCCCCGGCGGAGCUGCGGGCCGUGCGGACCUUCCUGAUGGAGCGGCCGGAGCUGGGCCUGGCCCCGAGCCGGGGGGGCCCCCUGGCCAAGAACUCGCUGUUCCUGGUGGAGCUGCUGCCGCCCCCGAAGCGCGCGGCCCUGCGGUUCCUGGCGCACGGGGGGCGGCGGCCGCGGCGCGAGGCUCGAGCCGUCGUGUUCUUCGGGGCGCAGGCGGAGCCCAACGUCACCGAGCUGGCCGUGGGGCCUCUGCCGCGGCCCAGCUCCUACCGCGCGCUGGGGCCCAGGAGGGGCGGCGCGGUGCCCUUCUGGGCGCGGCCCAUGACCCAGCUGGAGUACGAGCUGCUGCACGAGGCGCUCGUGGCCGCCCUGGAGCCGCUGGAGCCGCUGCUGCGCGAGGCCACCGGCUUCGGCUUCCGGAACUGCUCGGCGCGCUGCCUCACCUUCUCCGACGUGGCGCCGCGCGGGCUGGGCCCCGGCGAGCGCCGCACCUGGCUGGUGAUCCAGCGCUUCGUCGAGGGCUACUUCCUGCACCCCGUGGGGCUGGAGGUGCUGCUGGACCACCGGGACCCCGACCCGCGGCGCUGGGCCGUGCGGCGGCUCUGGUACGACGGGCGCUAUUUUGGCUCCGUGCGGGAGUUGGCCGAGCUCCACGCGCGGGGGGCGCUGGCCCUGGUCCGCCUGCCCGAGCCCCCCGCCCGCCACCUCUUCUCCGGCUACGAGCCCCGCGGGCGCUUCUUCACCGGGACGCCCACCGAGGUGCACGGCGCCAAGGUGUGCGAGCCGCAGGGCCGGCGCUACCGCCUGCGCGGCAACCGGCUGGAGUACGGCGGCUGGAGCCUGGCCUUCCGCCUGCGCUCCUCCGCCGGCCUCCAGCUCUUCGACGUGCGCUUCGGCGGCGAGCGCGUGGCCUACGAGCUGAGCGUGCAGGAGGCCAUCGCCUUCUACGGCGGCCACUCGCCGGCGGCCAUGCAGACCAAGUACAUGGACGCCGGCUGGGCCAUGGGCGCCUCCAGCUUCGAGCUGGCGCGCGGCGUGGACUGCCCCGAGACCGCCACCUUCCUGGACGCCCACCACCUCCUGGACGCCGACGGCCCCGUGCGCUUCCCCCGCGCCCUCUGCGUCUUCGAGCUGCCCACGGGGGUCCCCCUGCGCCGCCACUUCGACAACGACUUCCAGGGCGGCUUCCACUUCUACGCGGGGCUGGAGGGGCGGGCGCUGGUGCUCAGGACCACCUCCACCGUCUACAACUACGACUACAUCUGGGACUUCCUGCUCUACCCCAACGGCGUCCUGGAGGCCAAGGUCCACGCCACCGGCUACAUCCACGCCACCUUCUACACGCCCCAGGGCCGGCGCUAUGGCAGCCGCGUGCACAGCCACGUCCUGGGCAACCUCCACACGCACCUCGUGCACUACAAGGUGGACCUGGAUGUCGCAGGCACCGGGAACAGCUUCGAGACGAUGGACAUUCGCUUCGAGAACAUCUCGAACCCCUGGAGCGCGGGGGCCCGCGUGGUGCAGCCGUGGCUGCACCGGGAGCCGCGGCGCCGGGAGUGCGAGGCAGCGCUGCCGCUGGGCCGGGCCCCGCCGCGGUACCUGCUCUUCACCAACCCGCGCCGGCGCAACCGCUGGGGCCACCGCCGCACCUACCGCCUGCAGCUCAGCUCCCACGCCGGGCCCGUCCUGCCCCGCGGCUGGCGCGAGGAGCGCGGCGUCACCUGGGCCAGGUACCACCUGGCCGUGACGCGGCGCCACGAGAACGAGCCGAGCAGCAGCAGCAUCUACAGCCAGAACAACCCCUGGGACCCCCCGGUCACCUUCGAGAGCUUCAUCCGUGACAACGAGACCAUCGAGGACCAGGACCUGGUGGCCUGGGUGACCGUGGGCUUCCUGCACGUGCCCCACUCCGAGGACGUCCCCAACACGGCCACCCCCGGCAACGCCGUCGGCUUCUUCCUGCGCCCCUUCAACUUCUUCGACGAGGACCCGUCGGUGGCCUCCCGUGCCCCCGUCAUCGUGCGCCCGCUGGACCCCCCGACCUGCUCCCGCCUGCAGAUCCAGCGCUGGACCCCCCCCAGCCCCGGCGCCUGCGUCCACCCCGAGCCCUUCACCUACAACGGCACCUACCGCCCGGUGUGACCGGGGACACCGUGACACCACCCUGGGACGGGCCACGGGCCACCACCCCCUCUGAGCCCAGCACCGGCACCAUGGGGACAGCGGGGACACCCAGACACUGGGGGGUGGGACGUGUCACUCCAUGUCACACGGCGCCAUGUGCCAGACCAUCACAUGGUGCCAUGGUAACGUGCCACACACGUGUCACUUGGUGCCACGUGCGCCGUGCUGGGCUCAGUAAAGGUGAUGUCACCUCGUCUGACCCCGGCACUGGGACCCUGUGGGACACCAGUGCCACUGGGACACCGUGGCACGGGACGUGUCACCCGGUGCCUCACAGUGCCACAUUGCACCUGCUGGGCUCAGUAAAGGUGAUGCCACCCCCUCCACCACCAUGUGGGACACCAGUGCCACUGGGAUGUGUCACACGGUGCCCAGUAAAGGCAAUGUCACCUCCUCU